AUGGGCAAGAAGUCAAGUAAGGCGUCUCCAGCGCCGAUAGAUCCACCGGUCACAAAGAAGAAAGGCAGGAAAGGUGCCAAGGAAGAAACAGAAGAAAUGAAAAACACCAGACUUGCCAAUCGAGCAAAAGUGACUUCAACUUCUAGCUGGACCGGUAAGCUGCCGCAUACUCUACUGCAUGAAAAUUGUCAGAAACGUAAGUGGAACAAGGUCGAAUACGACAUGAAGAAAGUUGGCGAAAAGGGAAUGAUAGCAACCGCUGUUCUGUCCCAAACUGAUCCUAAGACUAAAGAGACAUUGACAUUGAAGAUGCAUGACCCUGCCUUUGAUCGAACAACCGGAAAGGGUCUGUUGGUCCCGCAAGAAACUCCCAUGGAGGCCCGUCAUAUGGCGGCUACCGUGGCACUGUAUAGAAUUGCUUCCAAUUCUAACAUGCAGAUGAUGUUGCCACCCAACCAUAAAUCUUUAUGGUAUGACCUGGAUGAUUAUCGAAAAGUGUUAGCAAAGGAACACCUUGCUCUGGCACAGAAGCUAUUUGAUCCAGAGCCUUUUAAGACACUAGUUGCAGACAGGAAGGCGAAGGAUAUUAAAGAUAAAGAGCGUAUGGCUAAGCAACAGCAAGCUCAAAAGAUGAGGCACUCUCCGACUGUUAUUACCUCGAUUGGACCCAAUAAGAGCAAAUUAUCCUCAUCCAAAGAUGGGGUCGCCAAAACCCGAGUUUCACGGCCACUCGACCAGAAAGUAAUACGCUUCCCGUUGAAAGUUUGGGAAAAUGCUACAUUUGUAGAUUUAAAAGAGUCUUCCAGAACUGACAUAGAGCAGGCACUAAGGUCGCAUAUUGAUUGGAACUCUAAAAAAUGGGGAGGUGACAUGACUACAGAGAGGGACCUCCUCCAGGAAAAACUCAUACUUCUUGGAUUUAGAAAGCCACAUGUCAUGGAAUCUCUUAGCUACUCAGAUCCCCUCUCUUUUCUGCUCCUGAAUUUGCCAGAAGAUGACCUACCCACAUUUUUCCAUAAGCGGCAAGAGGAUACAAAGAUGAAGGUUGAAAUUUCUUCCCUACCGCUUCGAACUCAAAAUAUGAUUUCUCGUCUCAUGGAAGGUGGAGCUUCAUACACUGAGGUGCUUUAUGCUUUAGAAUCCACUGAUUAUGAUGAAAAUGAAGCCGCUGGAAAAUUAACAGAGAAGCUUUCCGCCCACCUGUUGGAACCCUCACCCGAGAUAAGUGAGGAAGAUUCGACUGAAAUGUGGAUUCAAGAACUUGAGAGCUUGCAAAGCAUCUAUGGUAACGAAGUUGUUGAAAUAAUGAAUCACGAGAAGACCUGCUAUACAAUUAAAUUGGUCGAAAAGUUCAACCUGAAGCUCAAGGUUUACAAGACGACAAAAUACCCAUCAACACUACCUGGUCUGAUUGUUUCCACGUUCGAUAAAAACGUUAAGCUUCCUAAUUACAUUAAACAAAAUGCCCUUACUAUGCUCUUAGAUCAUGUGGUCAAAUCAAGCCUCCUGGGAGAUAUGAUGGUCUAUAGUAUCUACGAAUGGCUUCAGGAGCACUUGGCUGCUAUUAUAGAUAAUCCAGGGCUGUUAAUUUCCGAUUUCAAGCCUUCAAACGAGGUGUUGUCAAGAAGUUCAACGCAAAAGCCUUCAUCGAAGCCAAGGACCAAAAACACUCGCGCAUACGCGACAUCCCUAGAUGAGCUUCAUAGACUGGAGUAUGAAUAUAAAACACGAGUUACAUCUCCAAGGUACGUGGGCAUGGUCAAACAACGCUCGCAACUGCCGGCCUGGGGCCAACAGGAAAAAAUAGUUGAAUUGAUUGAAAGCCAUGAUGUAGUAUUGAUAACUGGUGAAACGGGUUCUGGUAAAUCGACCCAGGCCGUUCAAUACGUUCUUGAUUAUUUGAUGACUAAAAAGAACGAUUUUGGUGAAACUAAGAUUAUUUGCACCCAGCCGAGAAGAAUUUCUGCGAUAGGCUUGGCAGAACGAGUGUCAGAAGAGAGAUGUAGUGACUGUGGUGAUGAAGUCGGCUACGUGAUACGUGGUGUAAACAAAACGAAGCCCACCACUCGCAUAAAAUUUAUGACAACGGGUGUAUUGGUUCGUAUACUCCAAGGCUCCAGAGAUGUUUUGAAAAACACUAUAGUUUUUAUUGAUGAAGUUCAUGAAAGAUCAGUCGACACUGACCUCAUCGUAAUUCUUUUGAAAAGUUUGCGAGGUAAAAUACCUGGCCUUAAAAUUGUGUUGAUGAGUGCGACCGUCAAUGUUGAAGUUUUCAACAAGUACUUCACGGAUCUGAAGAGUUGUCACAUCAAGGGUCGAACAUUCCCCAUAAAGGAUUUCUAUUUGGAGGAAAUCCUCGAGUCCAUGGACUACAAAAUCAAACGCAAAAAUCUUGAGUACGAUGACCCUGAGGACGAAGGACAGUAUUUGAGACCAAGGGCCAAUUCCACGUUCUUUCAAUCAGGUCAGAUUGAUUAUGAUUUGAUUUCGUCUUUAGUAAUCCAUGUCGACAAAAAGUUAAAUGGUCUUGGCAAUGACGGCUCAAUCGUAAUCUUCUUGCCCGGUGUUGGUGAAAUAAGUCGCUGUUGCAGAAAACUAGAAAAGAGCUCGCACUCCGAUCAAUUUGUAGUGCUACCACUUCACUCUGCCUUAACUCCGGAUGCUCAAAAAAAGGUUUUUAAGCGGUUUCAAGGUAAACGAAAAGUUGUUGUUUCCACCAACAUUGCCGAAACCUCCAUUACUAUCGAUGACUGUGUUGCAACGAUAGACUCUGGCCGAGUCAAAUCUAUGUUUUACAGUGCUCAAGACAAUACAACGAGACUUAAAGAAACAUUUGUGUCCAAAGCUGAGGCGAAACAGCGGAGAGGUCGUGCAGGAAGAGUUCGUGCCGGUUUUUCUUUCAAGCUCUUUUCAAAAAACAUCUUUGAAGAAAUGCCCGAACAGCCUAUUCCAGAGAUCAAGCGUGUCGGUUUAGAAUCCUUGUACCUUUCUGUUAAGUCUAUGGGCAUUAAAGAUGUUAUCGGAUUUUUGGGUACGGGCCUCGAUCCUCCUCCAUUAGACUCUUUGCAAAAAUCUGAACAACUACUACUGGCUGCCGGUUUGUUGAGCGAUGAUGGAAAUUCACUUACCGAACUUGGCAGGUACAUCAGCCUAAUGCCAAUAAUGGAUCAUAAGCAUGGUAAGUUACUAAUCUACUCCAUUAUGUUUGGUUGCACAGAUUUAGGAAUUGACAUGGUAGCAUUAUUAAGUUGCGGAGGGUCACCUUUUGCCAUUUCGCAAGAUAAUAGAGACCUGAUCAAGGCUCUGUUUCUAAGGUAUAGCAACUCUGGAGACUUUCUGGCUCAAUUGGAAAUCGUCCGACAAUAUCUGAAUAUUGAAAACCCUGUGCAUAAACGCAAGUUCAUGACACAAAAUUAUUUGUCCUUCAACAAGAUGAAAGAGAUCAUAUCUUCUAGGGCGCAGUUACUGAGUAUUUUGAAAGAUAUUGGAUUCUUGCCAAUGCAGUAUAGAAUGGGCGAAUCGGAUUAUCUCAACAGAAACGGUAGGAAUCUAGAAAUCACUAAGGCCAUACUGACCGGUUCUUUUUACCCACAAGUUGCCCGAGUUGAACUGCCAUCUCAAAAGUUCGUUUCCACAAGUUCAGGAGCGAUAGAAAAGGACCCCGAAGCCAAAAUGGUCAAGUACUGGAUCCGAAAUGAGAAGUACAUCGAUCAAUUAUAUGCAAUGGGUGACCAAGAUCGUGAAGUGGAAAACACCGCGUUACCGGCAACACGAGGUUUUGUGCACCCGUCUUCCGUUUUUUUCUCGUCCAAAAACGACGUCUUGGAGGGCGAUUUGACAACCCUAGACGCUAACAACAGCCAGUCGUUGUCGGGGAAAGUCACCAAUGGUGCUCAACCUUUUUCCAAGACCCCAUUUAUCAUUUACAACAGCUCCCACGUCAGCAGCAAGCUAUACCUGCGCGACGUCACGCCGACCUCUUCUUUGGCUCUGCUCCUAUUUGGCGGCUCGAUAAAAUACGAAUUGCAGGGUGCCCACCAUUCUCCCGGCCUCGUAGUCGACAAUUGGCUGCCAAUCCGUACAUGGUGCAAGAACGGGGUGUUGAUCAAAGAGCUCAGGACAUUACUGGACAUGGUGGUCCGACAAAAACUGGAAAAUCCAGUGGAUUACCACUCGCAAGACACUUCUCAUACCGGUGACGAUAUUCUGACGGUGGUUGAAAAUAUUCUGAAGGCGGAGUCAUUGUGA